CUAGUGUGUGAAAUAAACAAUCCUGGCAACCCCGAGAAGUCGCUUAGUGAUGACGAAAAAACGCCGCGACUUACAAACGCUGGUAAACUAGGCUCAAACGUGACUCUGUGGGACUACUGCUUCCUGAGUUUGUUUACAAUUUACGUGACAGACUGAAUAUUGUCGGGAGUAGAGUCUGCAAUUAAAAUCCAACAUGAGUUCGUCAAUGCCCCAGAAGCGUUACUACAGACAGCGAGCCCAUUCAAACCCGAUGGCUUACCACACGUUUGACUAUCCUGUGUGUCCGGAGGAAAUGGACUGGUCCACGCUGUAUCCAGACUUCUUCACUAGAAAUCCGUCUGAGAAAGAGACCCCACGAGUGGAGUUUGCAGAUAUUGGAUGUGGAUACGGGGGGCUGUUAGUGGAGUUAUCUCCACUUUUCCCAGACAAGCUCAUCCUGGGUCUGGAGAUCCGGGUCAAAGUGUCAGAUUAUGUUCAGGAUCGUAUCCAAUCAUUGCGUGCCUCUGAACCUGGAAGCUACCAGAACAUCGCCUGCAUUCGCAGUAAUGCGAUGAAGUACCUCCCCAACUUCUUCUGUAAGGGUCAGCUCAGUAAAAUGUUCUUCCUCUUCCCCGACCCUCACUUUAAGAAGACCAAGCACAAAUGGAGGAUCAUUAGUCCCACAUUGUUGGCAGAGUAUGCCUACACACUGAGAGUCGGGGGUUUGGUGUACACCAUCACCGAUGUGGAGGAAGUCCACCUCUGGAUGGUGAAGCACUUCUCUGAACAUCCACUGUUCACACAUGUCCCUGAUGAAGAACUGGUUGGGGACGUCAUCAUAAAUCGUUUGGGUACAUGUACAGAAGAAGGAAAGAAAGUGCAGAGAAAUGGAGGGAAGAAUUUCCUUGCAGUUUUCCGGAGGAUUGAAGACUCAAACUAAGACCAAACAGUUUGGACAUGCAGGAAACUGGAAUAAUGGUCUUAUUUAGUCAUUCAGACAUGAACUGUAUGGAGGAUACUACUCUGUCGUAAUGGAACAGUGAUGUUCUUUUGUUUUUUUUUCUCUCUGAAAUUAAUGAACAAACAUUUACAUCAUUUUCUGGCAGAUUUGUUUUACAUAUUUAAUUUUUCAGCUCACAAAACAGCACAAGGGAAGUAAAUCAUAGAAGGUUCUCUAUUCAGACUAGACUUGCAAAAUUUUUCUGUGGAGCUUCUUUCAGUAAAAUUGUUUUACUGUUCAUUUACAAUGAUUGUAAAUUAAAUGAAACAACUAUAUGUUUUAUUCUUCCUAGAAAAAAAAACCCGAUCAGUUGUUCUUAACUUGCCUAUGCCUAGAUUUGAAGAGUUUAGAUUUCAUGGAGCAAAAUUAUCCAGCUAUCUUUUCUAAUCCUGCUUCAUGAAACAGUCUUGACACGAAAUAUUGCCAACAAUCUACAUGUUGCUUGUUUGCUUGGGGUCCUUGUCUAGUUUAAAAAUAAAUAAAUAUGCUGCAGCACUUCCUGUAUGAAUUAUAAUGCAGUGCAGUGUUAAAUUUUAAAGGAAGAACUGUGACACAAUCAUGUUUUUUUUUACGUAGA